AUGGCUGCAUUGGAGAAUCCUGAUUUGGAUGCUGGUGAUCUUGUCAAUCAGGCAUGCGAUUAUCUCAGUCAUGGAGUCGAAUUCGAGAACAAGGAAAGUUUGCGCAAAAGUAUACAGCUAGCACGCUCGCGUGUUGGUAAACCUCGCAAACCAAGGACUCGCCCUAUGAACCCACAAAAGAGGAAACUAAUGAUGUUCGAUGGAUUAGAUGACAUCUUGAAGACUGAAGAGGAUGAUGACUAUCCCAUGCAGGUAAUGAACGACAGUAUCAUGGCAAGUCUCAUGAAAGUGCAAAGGACGGACAGAUCUGAUACACCAUGCGAGGUCAGCCUGCCUCUUUUCAACAACGGCCUAUCGAUGGUGAAACCAGAGUCUCCAUUUCGUCAAACUGCUGCUGUGCCACCCCAGCCUAAGCCACUGAGCGAGCAUCCAAAUUCGCUUCUUCAGGCGAAUCUUCUCAAUGGGAUGACGACACCUUGGCUCAGUGGUGUCGAUCAAGAUCCGAUGUCUUUCCUUUGGGCCAACAUACUGAGUCCUGGCAGCAUGGAUGUUCUAUCAACAAUCGCAGCGUUAUCGAAACCCAUCACUGUCACACAAUCAAAACGAGAGGUGCCUCUUCCUCCAGUCGGCGUAGCACGUGAGAGUAUUUCCACGCAGCUCAACGUGUCCACCUUCCUCUCCUGCCUUGAAAAUGGACGCUGGCUGCCAAACAAUCGA